UAUCUGCCAGGUCUGCCUCUUGGGCUGCCUUUGUCCUAGGGAGAAAAGAGGAUGGUACUGGAUUCUGGGCUCUCUGUGCUCAGCUUUUCCCCAUUUCCCUUGGGCAGGACUUGCUGUUCCUAAAUCAGAUGUGAUUGGACAACUGGAACGAGGAGACGCGCUGUGGAUGGCUGCGGGAGGUACCCUAAGGAGCAGCUGCGUAGAAUUUGAGAUACAGCCUGAAAACAAAGAAUCAGCCCUGAAGCUUGGAUCAUCUAAGGAAUUAUUCUCCAGGGGUUGGCCCUGGGUUUCCAGAAUUCAAGCUGAAGAGACAUUUUCAAAAUGUAAUAAAUGUGGGAAGAUUGUACUUGAAAGCAAACAACUUACUCAGCCUAAAACACUUCCUAUUGGAACAAAACCUUGUGAAGAUAAUCAAUGUGGAAAGGUCUUCGAUCAGAGAUCAGGAUUUAUUGAACAUCACAAGAUUCAUCCCAGAGAGAAAUUUGGUCAAUGUAAUGAAUGUGGUUUAGCCUUCCUCCAGAGUAUGAGAUUUCCUCGACAUCAGAAAAUUCAUACCAUAGAGCAACUUUAUGGAUGUAAUAACGAACAUGGAAAGGCCUUCCAAGAGCAACUAUAUCGAAGAAAUGAUACCAAAGAAAAAUCCUUUAAAUGCAAGGAUUGUGGAAAGACUUUUAGCCAGAGCUCCCAGCUCAAUCUACAUUACAGAAUUCACUGGGAUGAGAAGCCAUACAAGUGCAUUGAAUGCGGCAAAGCCUUCCAGUGUAGCUCCUACCUUACAGAACACCAGAGCAUUCAUGCUGGAGAGAAAUCUUUUGAAUGUAAGGAGUGUGGGAAAGCCUUCCAGUGUAGCGCAGACCUUACUGUUCAUUGGAAAAUUCACAAUGAAAAGAAACCUUAUGAAUGCAGUGAGUGUGGGAAGACCUUCCGUAAGCGAACACAAUUCACUGUCCAUCAGCGAAUUCAUACUGGAGAGAAACCUUAUAAAUGCAAGGAAUGUGGAAAAGCUUUUAGCCAGAGCUCGCAGCUUAAUCUCCAUCAGAGAAUUCAUAGUGGAGAGAAACCGUAUGAGUGUAGUGAAUGUGGGAAGGCCUUCUGCCAGAGCUCACAACUUUCUGUACAUCAGAGAAUUCACACUGGGGAGAAACCUUACAAAUGUAGUGAAUGUGGGAAGGCCUUUCGGCAGAGCGAACAGCUUACUCUGCAUCACAGAAUUCAUAGUGGAGAGAAACCUUAUGAAUGUAAUGAGUGUGGGAAGACCUUCCGAAGUAGUUCACAGCUUACUGUACAUCAGAAGGUUCACACUGGAGAAAAGCCCUAUGAAUGUAGGGAAUGUGGCAAGGCCUUCCGCUGCAGCUCCUACCUUACUGUACAUCAGAGAAUCCACACUGGAGAGAAACCUUAUAAAUGUAAUGAGUGUGGGAAGGCCUUUCGUCAGAGGGAGCAGCUCACUCUCCAUCACAGGAUUCACAGUGGUGAGAAGCCAUAUGAGUGUGUUGAGUGUGGCAAGGCUUUCCGUUACAGCUCCUACCUUACAGUACAUCAGAGAAUUCACACUGGAGAGAAGCCCUACGAAUGCAGGGAAUGUGGGAAGGCCUUCCACUGUAGCACGGACCUCGCCGUACAUCAAAAGAUUCAUACUGGGGAGAAGCCUUAUGAUUGUAAUGAAUGUGGAAAAGCCUUCCGCACUCAUACACAAUUUACUGUGCAUCAGAAAAUUCAUACUGGAGAAAAACCUUAUGAAUGUAAGGACUGUGGCAAGGCCUUUAGGCAGAGCAUAGAACUCACUGUACAUCAAAGAACUCACACUGGGGAGAAACCUUAUGAAUGUACUGAAUGUGGGAAGGCCUUCUGCCAGAGCAUACAGCUUACUCGACAUCAAAAAAUUCACACUGGAGAGAAACCUUAUGAAUGUUCUGAAUGUGGGAAGACCUUCUGCCAAAGAACAGGACUUACUGAACAUCAAAAAAUUCACACCGGAGAAAAACCUUAUGAAUGUAACGAAUGCAGGAAGGCCUUUAGAAAUAGUAUUCAACUCACUCAGCACCUGAGAAUUCACACCGGAGAGAAGCCUUAUGAUUGCAGCGAAUGCGGGAAGGCUUUCUGCCAGAGCUCACAGCUUUCUGUACAUCAGAGAAUUCACAGUGGAGAGAAACCCUACAAAUGUAAUGAGUGUGGGAAGGCCUUCCGCCACAGUGCACACCUUACUCUCCAUCAGAGAAUUCACAGUGGGGAGAAACCUUAUGGUUGUCCCGAGUGCGGGAAGGCCUUCCGGAGCAGCUCACACCUUACUCUGCAUCAGAAGAUCCACACUGGCGAGAAACCUUAUGAGUGUAGGGAGUGUGGGAAGGCCUUCCGCUGUAGCUCCUAUCUCACCGUGCACCAGAGAAUUCACACCGGGGAGAAACCUUACAAGUGCAGCGAAUGUGGAAAGGCCUUCUGCCAGAGCACGCAGCUCACUCGGCACCAGAGGAUCCAUACCUGAAGUCCCUUGGACGGUCAGUCUUUAUGGAAGUUAGGAAUGGGGGAGGAAUUUCUGACCAUUUUGGCAGUCCAGACUUAUGAAAAAUUUAAGUCAAAGCAGAACCUUGCAGAUUAUAUUUGUAAUAAAAUAAUAAUGUAUUUGUAUAUAAUUUGUAUAAUUAUACAAUGUAUAAUAUUUAUAACA